UUGGGUGAGUGUGUACUGCUCGAGCACUAGUACGGUUCGACACAUUAUUGGGGCUCUUCGGUACGCCACAGAGCGGUGCUGCGCAGAACUUCUGCGGCAGAAGGUGAAAAAAAACUGGUCAAAACUACAGUGUUUUCCUGGACGGCAGUAUAGGAGAUAGGCCGUUCUGACAACGGAGUCAAGAGUGAGAGUUCGGCCAUGGAAACCCCACGCCGCAUUUGGCGGCGGCUGAACGCUGACCGUUGAUCCUCUGCCUUCGAGUCCGUUGAUCAGCGUUCGCCUGACGGCGUGACUGGCGAUCAACAGACGGCUUGACUGGCGAUCAACAGACGGCUGAUCGGCGAUCGAUCGACGGCUGACCGUAUCAUUGUCUGCUAACCUUCUGGAGGACUCACUGACGAUCGACUCACUGACGAUCGAAUCACUGACGAUCGACUGACUGACGAUCGACUCACUGACGAUCGACUCACUGACGAUCGACUGACUGACGAUCGACUCACUGACGAUCGACUGGCUGUCCGGCGAUUGCCAAUCUACCUUCUCGUAUUCUUCUUCCGCCAAGCGUUCUCCAAACGCUCGUUUUCCUCAGCCUGAUCUUCCGCUAGUUGUUUUUCCCCGCCUGCUCACUCCUAUCCAGCAAUGAGUUAAAGCCCAGAUCCGGGCUUUAAGCUGGUUUGUUAGAACUCUCCAGUAGUUGUUUCCCCCGCCUGCUCCCUGUAGACUAUCCAGCAGUGGCCUCUUUCUUACCCCCAGCCGCGUUUCUCUUGUUAGUUCCCUCCAGCAAUCGUUUCACCCGCCUGCUCACUCCUAGUAGUAGUACUAUAUCCAGCAAUGGCCGCCUCCUUACCUCGUCUUCUCCAGCUCCCCGCUCUCCUCCUCCUCUCAUUGCCAAGACUCCUGCUGCUGCUGCUCCUGCUGCCGCCCUUUUCAAUGCUCCCCUCGUCAAUGCUCCCCGCCCGCGCGCUCCCCGCUUUCCGCUGCACCGCUCACUCGAUCCGGGGGGCCCACCACGUGCACGCGGGUACGCCCAUUUCGAGCGAGCGUCGCAACAGACUGCGAACAUCGCGAACGCUCGCGGAAGGGACGGCCGAGCCGUUUGCUGUCGGGGAAAGAGGCGAAGAAAGAGCAUCUUUGAGGCUCAAAGAUGAGUCCCCGGACGAGGCGACGAACGGGAGCCUCCAAAUGAGUCCUCGGCUGCUUGACGACGGGCUGGCUGAGCCGCCAGCCGCUGAGGGAAGAGGCGAGGAACGAGCAUCUUUGAGGCGCCUAGAAAUAAGUAGCUUGCGAGCUCUCGAGGAAGGGCCGGCCGAUACGUUUGCCACUGGGGAAAGAGGCGAGGAGGGAGGAGGUCGCCGCCGCGAGCUGCUGCCUCAGCCUCAGUCAGCCGAGCCUCAGUCAGCCGAGCCUCAGUCGGCCGAGCCUCAGUCGGCCGAGCCUCAGUCGCCCAAGGCGUUUGGCUCACGCAUGCAUCUCCACGAAGCAGUGAGGCCGAGUUCGGAGGUGGCUGGGAAGGCAGCAGCGCCUCAACAAGCUCGCCGCGUGCUGCUGCUGCCGCAAUCACCUGAGCAGUUCGGCUCGGGCAUGCAGCUGCAUGAAGCCCUGGCGCCGCUGUGGGAGAUGGCCGCCCGCGUUGCUGUCAACGGGACGGUUCUUGUCGUGGUGUUCAACGCGGGCUACACGGACAUGCUGGACAACUGGGCGCGCCACGUCAGCAAUGUGGGGCUGGGAGCAAAUUUCAUUCUGUUUGCCGAGGACGAGGAGAGCCUCAGAUUCGGCCAGGCCAGAUGGCCGGGGCAGACCAUACACCUGGACCUUCCAGACCAAUCCGUGACCGCCAGCUGGCAGUCUUUCCAAGCUACCAAUCCCCAGGCACAAACCUCCAACUCGCACUCAUCAGCUCGAGCAGGCACUCCCGCCUUCCACCUCCUGGCAGCGCGCCGCAUACUCUACCUCUUGCACCUCCUCUCCUUUGGCUUUAACGUCCUCUAUUCCGACACCGACGUUGCGAUCCUGCGUAACCCGUUACCAGAAGUUUCCGACCCGAAACAGGUGUUUGACGCGUACGUGACACUCGACGGGUACGAGCGAAACUGGCAGAAAAAAACGGUAAUGAUCGAGGGCUAUGGCGUGAAAAACAUAGCUGACCAGAAACUUUCCGUUUCGACGUCGUUUAUUUUUUUCCGCCCGACUUCUGGGGCUAAGUGUCUUGUUGGGGACUGGUCAAACCGAGUGAUGGAGUUAGGGCGGGACCAAGGGACGGAUCAGGAACACUUAAACUCGCUUAUAGUUGAAAUGGACGCGUUUAAGAUCCUCCCCAGGAUAGCUGUGCUGCCCGCGCAGAAAUUUCUGGCCGGGCAGCUGCUGGUGGAGGACGAUUGGGCAGCGGUGGAAGUUUUGAAGAGUGAGCUGGUGACGGUGCAUGCAGGAGGGCUCAUGGGGAGGGACGCCAAGAGGCAAGCUUUGAAGAAGUUAGGGUUUUGGAUUGUCGGAGGAGGGACGGGUGGGUUGGAUGCGGAUUUUGGCGAAUCGGGAGCAGCAGGAGGAGAACCAGCAGCACCAGCAGCAGACGCAGCAGCAGCAGCAGCAACAGCAUCAGGAGGAGGAAAGCCGCUGGGAGGUGGGUUGGACGGAAUACCAGAGGUGGGAAUGGAGUCUGAGCCCGUUACUUUGCUGAAUGCUGACAGCACAUGGCCCAGCACCAGCGAAACCAGCAGCAUCAGCAGCAGCAGAACCACCAGCAGCAGUUCCUUUGGGGGCGACAAGGGCCCGUUCUGCGUGGGGCUGCUGUGCCCCGAGAUGCAUCUGUCGCAGGAGGAGGUGGUUCUGCUGUCCGUGCAGCCCUGGGUGCAGCGCCACUUGGAGAAGAUCGAUGCACUCGUGCCGGAAGUCGCAUCGACGAGCCGAUUCGUGAUUGUCACCGUGGCGUGCCCAGGCCAGGGCCGGUUGUUCGCCAACUGGUUCAACAACAUGCACUCUGCUGCCAUGGCGGAAAACGUGAUCGCCUCAGUGGCCCCAGAGGUAGAGAGCAUGGGCCUAAAUAUUCUGCAGCAGCCAGAGGGGAGUGAGUCGCCCCACAAAGCUGCUCUCACAUGCCUGCUGCUGCCCUCUCUGCUCAUGGAAAAGGUCUUGAAGCUCAACUACAGUGUCAUUUACAGUGACAUAAGCUCUGUGUGGCUCCAAGAUCCGCUCCCAUUCCUCCCUCCAGAAUUCAACGCCGCUCUCCCCUCCUCCGUCCCCUCCUCCACUCAACCACCUCCCUCGAACAACAAGCUGGACAGCAAACUCAAGCGCACCACCCCUCUCUCUCGCUCCGACCUGGGCUAUUUCUCCCCUUGGUUUGUAGCCCUUCGCCCCUCCCACCCAAUUUUCCUGAUGCUAAGAGAAUGGGCAAUUCUUACCCUGGAGGAUUAUCGGGAAAAAGCAGCGGCUGCUCAUAAAGCCUCCCUUCCGCUAUCUCUCUCCGCUUCAGAGAGUAUAAAAGUUGGGUUGAAUGAGGCUAUAACGAGGAUGGUUGAGGGUGGGGAGCCUGGGUCGAAUGUUGGCGUGUUGUCGCGGUUUUUGUUCCCUCCUGUUUGGAAGGUUAUGGGAGAGAGGGAGUGGUUUGCAAGGCACAGGGAGGAGGUUGUUGCAGUGCCGAAUGAUUGUGGGGAAGACGUGAGUCAUAGGGAGAUGUGCUUCAAGGAUUUGAAAUUAUGGGUGUAGCUUGAAGCUUGUACCUUCGAUGCACGCUAACACAUAUUGUACUAUAUAUUUUACAAUUAGACAAU